AUGGAUAGAAUCAGCAAUCUACCAGAAGCUCUGCUUAGCCGCAUAUUGUCGUUCCUCCCCACAGAAGAGUCUGCUAUGACUUCAGUUCUCUCCAAAAAAUGGAGGUACCUGUUUGCUGACAGACCAAACCUUGACUUCAACGGCUCGGUGAUACGUUUUCAUCCUGAUACGUCUGAAUGGAAAAAGGCUGAGUUUCUUAGAGUGUUUACUCGUUUUGUGGAUAGAGUUUUGGAGCUGCAAGGGAACUCCACUGUAGACGAGUUCUCUUUAAAGUGUGGGGAUGGUGUUGAUCCGGUCUGUGUUACAAACUGGAUACUAAAUGUGUUGGAACGUGGUGUAUCGGAUCUUGAUUUACACUUCGACCUGCUUGGGGUUUGUCUCCCUUCAGAGGUCUUUAUGAGCAAGUCACUGGUGAGGCUGAGAAUAGAAUCUAAAACUGUUAUAGGCAUUGAUGUGGAAGAUGUGUUUCUUCCAAAGCUCAAGACUCUUUACAUCAACAAACUCAUGUUAGGUAAAUGUGGAGAUUACUUUGAAAAGGUUACUUCUGGCUGUCAUGUCCUUGAAGAGUUAGUUCUGAUUAAUGUCUACUCUGAUUUUUGGAACCGUUCUGUGUCUUCCAAAACCCUCAAGAGACUGAUCAUGUCUUGUAUAGACUAUGAUAGAAAUCCGGAUAGCGUUUCAUUUGAUACGCCCAGUGUUGUCUACUUGGAGUACUCUGAUUACGUGGCGGGCAAGUAUCCAAAGGUGAACUUUCGUUCGCUUGUUGAAGCUAGCAUCGACCUUGAAAUGACAAGUGAGCAAUGUGCAGUUGCAAGCUAUGAGCAUUCGGUGGGCAAUGUAACAGAUUUUCUCAUGGGGAUACGCAAUGUUCAGACCCUUUUCAUAUCUGCCUACACUCUUGAGGUUCUAACUUUCUGCUGUGACCAUAUACCUGUAUUCCGCAACAUGAUUCGUUUAACAAUUCAGUCACGCAAGUCAGGAUGGGAAUCAUUGCCUGCUUUACUCAAGAAAUGUCCAAAUCUUGAAACCUUGGUGUUUGAUGAACUCAGCCACUCAUUUACAAUGAAAUGUAUGGAUGUUGAUGGGUGCCUAUGCAAGUUUUCAGGGGAGGUUCCUACUUGCUUAUCAUCAAGUCCUGUGAAGGUUUUGAAGAUUCUGAGAUUUGGUGAAGCUGGUGUAGAGAAAGAGACAGAUCUGAUCAAGCACUUCCUUGAGACAAUGCCGCAACUUGAACAAGUGACAAUAUACUACGAUACACUGUUUGAUGAUGAUGCUGCGAUUGAACUGUCAAGAGAGCUCACAAGGUUUCCUACAAAAGCUUCACCAAGUUGUGAGAUCCAAGUUUUCUUUGGUAAAGUCAGCAGCUAA